UAUCAGGUAGCCUUGUCUGUCCGCCUCGCGCACCCAUAUUACACCCAGGAGGGGAAGAGGGGGGAAAAUAAAGCACAACAACCCACAUUUUGACGCUGCUCCCUUCCUGCGUGUUAUUCCCCCUGUGGGUGCCGACAGGAGAAGCAGACUGCAGGCUACAACAGCCGGGUGUAAUCGCAACGUGUUUGUUACAGAGUGUCACCGCAGUCUGGCUGUGUCUGUAUGUGAAUCGGGCUGAUUUAAUGGGGCUGCCGUCAGCCCGUCUCCCCGCCUCUGGACAGCUGAUCGCCGCGAUUCACGCUUGAAUUUAGACCCACUAAAGACGACAUUGUGGAUAUGGAAUGGUGCAUGCCGCUGGGCCAAGUUUUCAGCCUCUGAAAAACACCGGAAUCAUGGACAGUCAUCCGCUGUGCACCAGGCUUUGUCCACACUCUCUGGACAAAGAAGAUGGCGUCGAGAGGCAGGGUCCCGUCACUCUGAACCCCCGGCACAUGAGGAAGGCGUUCAAAGUCAUGAACGAGCUGCGCAGCCAGAGCUUGUUGUGUGAUGUGACCAUAGUGGCAGAGGAUGUGGAGAUCGCUGCUCACAGGGUGGUGCUGGCUGCCGGGAGCCCUUACUUCCAUGCCAUGUUCACAGGUGAGAUGGCAGAGAGCCGGGCGAAACGAGUGAGGAUAAAGGAGAUGGACGGCUGGACUCUGGGCCUGCUGGUGGACUACAUCUACACCGCAGAGAUACAGGUCACGGAGGAUAACGUGCAGGCAUUGCUACCCGCCGCCGGCCUGCUCCAGCUCAACGAGGUGAAGAAGGUUUGUUGUGAGUUCCUGAGCUCUCAGCUUCACCCCUCAAACUGCCUGGGGAUUCGAGCCUUCGCUGACCUCCACGCCUGCUCUCAGCUCCUCACACAGGCCAACAGCUACGCAGAGCAACAUUUCACUGAGGUGGUUGGGAGUGAAGAGUUCCUCAAUUUGGGCAUGGAGCAAGUGUCCAGCCUGAUCGCCAGUGACAAGCUCACCAUCCCCACAGAGGAGAAGGUGUUUGAGGCAGUGAUAGCCUGGGUAAACCACGAUAAAGAUGUGCGGCAGGAGCAUUUGGCUCACCUGAUGGAACAUGUCCGCAUGCCGCUUCUCUCCAGAGAAUACCUGGUGCAGCGUGUGGAGGAGGAGUCUUUGAUCAAGAAUAGCAGUGCGUGUAAAGAUUACCUGAUUGAAGCCAUGAAGUACCACCUGCUGCCCGCUGACCAGAGAGCUCUGAUGAAAACGGCACGCACACGCAUGAGGACUCCAGCCUGCUGUCCUAAGGUGAUGGUUGUGGUCGGAGGCCAGGCUCCAAAAGCCAUCCGUAGUGUUGAAUGUUACGACUUUGAGGAGCAGCGAUGGUAUCAGGUGGCUGAGCUCCCGACCAGGAGGUGCAGAGCAGGUGUGGUGUACGUGGGUGGGUGUGUGUAUGCAGUUGGUGGUUUCAACGGUUCUUUGCGUGUGCGGACGGUCGACUGUUACGACCCGAUGAUGGACCGCUGGACGAGUGUGAGCAGCAUGCAGGACCGCCGAUCCACGCUCGGGGCCGCAGUGCUCAACGGACUCCUGUACGCUGUGGGGGGCUUUGACGGCAGCACAGGUUUGUCGACAAUCGAGGCGUACAAUGCGAAAACAGACGAGUGGUUCCAUGUGUUACCCAUGAGUACCCGACGAAGCAGUGUAGGAGUGGGUGUUGUCAAUGGGAUCCUGUAUGCAGUUGGAGGUUAUGACGGUGCGACCAGGCAAUGUCUGAGUACUGUAGAAGCUUACAACCCUAAAAGCAGCACAUGGAGCUACAUAGCAGAGAUGGGCACGAGACGCAGCGGAGCAGGUGUAGGUGUGUUGAAAGGUUUACUUUACGCUGUGGGGGGUCAUGAUGGCCCACUGGUGAGGAAGAGCUGUGAGGUUUAUGAUCCGGCCUCUAACAGCUGGAGGCAGGUAGCUGACAUGAACAUGUGUCGACGCAACGCAGGUAUGUGUGCUGUAAACAACGUACUUUAUGUGGUGGGAGGGGACGACGGGAGCUGCAAUCUGGCCUCUGUGGAGUUUUAUAACCCCAACUCGGACAAGUGGACACUACUGCCAAACUGCAUGAGCACAGGACGCAGUUAUGCAGGAGUGACUGUGAUCGACAAGCCCUUAUGACUGCUCUCUACUCCUGCCACUGAUUCGGAGCAGAACGUAUUCUCCUGCUGAAUACUGAUCUUGGAUCUGUCUACGAUGCCAAUGCUAUUAUGUUGGGCAGCAUUAGCACAGGCACUGACGAAGAGGAAGAAAAUGACAAGAUUGUUGUUGUUGAGGAUGAUGAUGAAGAAGAUUUUUUGCACUUACCUGAAAGGGGGAGCUGUAACAAACGGGGGGGAAUCAAACCUGUGUUUUAAUCCCCUCCUGGAAGGACUGCCGCUGGUGAAUGGACACACCAGUGUGAAGCUCUGCUGAAGUGCCAUUGAAACACUACUGAUAUGAAGCUACUAUAACUGCAAAGUUAUUUUAACAUUAGUAAUGUUAACAGAGAGACCACUGAUCUAAUAUACGGGAGAGGAAGGCAAA